AUGACCGGCGAGUACUCUGACGAGCAUGGCCUCGAUUCUCGAUACUCGGCGGCCCUAGCAUCCAUACCUUGGUCGUCGAAAAUUUCAUCACCAUCUCUCCAGCAGCAGACCGCUCGCGUCAUCAACUCCACGCAAGACAUUCAAAGCUCAACUCAAGCCCCUCACUCCCCCAAUCCAUCGGUCGUCGAAAAGCGGGUCUCUCCUCCAAAAGGCUCUUCUUCGACGGAGUCCUCAGACGCGCCGCCGUCGACUGCAUUCCGCCGGCUUUUGGACUUGCUCACGCAACAGCAGUUGGUCGAUCUGGAGACCGUCUUCAGUCCCAUCGGCGAGCUGAAGAUGGACGAGGUCUUCCGCACCUGCGAUCAAGCCGGCCACCAUAUUGCGACAUGGGCCUCAACAAAUGCCGGACGAGCCGCUGAGCAUGUCGCGGCGCUUUGCUCUGAAGCCUCGCCAAACCAACGCACGCCAACUGCGAAGGAGUCUAUUCGCUCUAUCAGCAACAUCCACCCAACCGCCCGGUCCACCGCCGAUCGCUUGCGAGAUCUCGCGUCCACUAUGCUUACGCUCCCGAUUCAUUCCCGCAAGGCGAGAGCUGCUAGCAGCCAAAUCCUUCUGAAGCAAGGUGGUCUGCCGGAGCAAGGCGGACACGAGCGGACGACCGAAUGUUGGCUAUCGCUCGUUCGCCGCUCACCAUUGCAUUUCACUGUCUACACCGGACCGACCAGUCACCGACCUGCGCAGAUGGUCUCUGCAGUCACGAAUCCGACACAUCCUCUUCUUCCCACGCUCAACUUCCUGGACAUGGUCCUUGGCUUUGUCUACAACGACGGACUACCGAAACCUCACUACGCAUUAUGCUGCGAUAGCUCGUGGACUCCGGUUCGCAUCCCAUCGUGA